GACUUUGCUUCAUCCCCCCCCCCCACAGCCACACAGCAACUGACCGUUUGCUUGUUUGCUGCCACCGACCACAAGUACCAGGGCACGACGUCUCUGUUUGCCACAUUAAAUCACACACCGAGGAUGGCAACUGUUGAACAAAACCACGAUGAGCACGAGUACCUUCGGCUUGUGCAGCGCAUCUUGGACACCGGCAAGACGCGCUCCGACCGCACAGGCACGGGCACCAUCUCCUUGUUUGGAGCGCAGAUGCGGUUCUCCCUGCGCGAGGGCUUCCCACUGCUGACCACCAAGCGCGUGUUCUGGCGCGGCGUGCUCGAGGAGCUCCUCUGGUUCAUUGCCGGCGACACAAACGCCAACCACCUCGCAGAGAAGAAGGUGCACAUUUGGGACGCCAACGGUUCGAAAGAGUUUUUGGAGCAGCGGGGCCUCGGCCAUCGCGAGGAAGGCGACCUUGGACCAGUAUAUGGCUUCCAGUGGCGCCACUUUGGCGCACAGUACACCGACAUGCACGCAGACUACCAGGGCAAGGGCGUUGACCAAAUUGCAAACGUCAUUGAGCAGAUCAAGACGAACCCUGACUCUCGCCGCAUCAUCAUGUCUGCGUGGAACCCAGUCGAUCUGCCGCAUAUGGCCCUGCCACCAUGCCACGUCCUCGCACAGUUUUACGUCCAGGACGGCGAGCUCUCCUGCCAACUCUACCAGCGCAGCGCUGACAUGGGCCUUGGCGUGCCCUUCAACAUUGCCAGCUAUUCGCUCCUGACUGUCAUGAUUGCGCACGUGUGCGGUCUUCGGCCCGGCGAUUUUGUUCACACCAUCGGCGAUGCACACGUGUACUCGAACCACGUCGACGCGCUCAAGGAGCAGCUGACACGCGAGCCACGCCCCUUCCCCACGCUCAACAUCAAGCGAGACGUCACAAGCAUCGAUGACUUCAAGGCGGAGGACUUUGAGCUUGUUGGAUACAAGCCCCACGGCAAGAUUGCAAUGAAGAUGGCCGUGUGAGUGAACACACGACGUGUGUGUGUGUGUGUGUGUGUGUGUGUGUGUGUGUGUGUGUGUGUGUGGUGAUGACGACAACCU